CACAUUAUUCAUUUGCAAUGGAUUCUUCGUUGAGAGUACAAUACCUGAGAGCAAAACAUGCCACCUUGAAGCGUUAUGAUAUAAAUAGAAAAGUUAUCCAAAAAAGAAAGCUGAAAAAAAUCAAAUAUAUUUUGUUCGACAAUUUUAAAGAAUACUGUGAGAAUACAUCGAUACAUGGGUUAAAAUAUAUAGUGAAUAAAAGUUUAUACCCUCUUGAACGGUUGUUCUUCGCCAUAUCAUUCAUAUGCGUUGUCUAUGGAGCAGCAGUUUUCGUUGGCAAAAUUUAUGAAAAAUGGAACUAUAGCCCUAUGCUCGUGAGUAUCAAUCCGAAGUAUACGAAAAUUACAGAUGAUCCUUUUCCGGCCGUUACCAUUUGCAAUCUUAAUCAAGCGUAUAAAGCAAAGGUUCAGCAAUUUUCAAUCGAUUCGUCCGAAUACACCAAAAUACAAAUGCUCUGCAAGGGUGAUGUUAAUAUUACUAUAUCUAAUGCCAUUACGGAUUGGAAUAAUUUAACAUAUUUUAUUCAUGAAAUCUCACAGCCCUGCAGUAAUAUGUUACUGAAAUGUAAAUACGCUGGAAUAAUUUUUAACUGUACAGAGAUUUUCCGGCCCCUUAUUACCGACAAUGGACUAUGUUGCACUUUCAAUAUGAUAGAUCCGAUGUUUAUGUUCCGGAAUUUUAACAGCAAAUCGUUUGCUAAUGUGAAUUACCACUAUCCCGAAGGAUACGUGCCCGUUCACUGGAGUUCAGAGGCAGGUUAUCCCAACGAUUUACCCGAAAAAUUCAUACCAAUGAAAAGUGUAGGCACAGGCGAGAGUGUAGGUCUCGGCCUUAUACUAGAUGCUGAAAGCGAGGAAUAUUACUGUUCAUCAUCAGAUAGCAUUGGUUUUAAAAUCUUACUACACAAUCCGCUCGAAGUCCCGAACAUGCACGAAAUUGGUCUUUUACUUUCGCCUGGACUAGAGACGAAAAUUCGCAUACAACCCGAAAAAGUUGAAUCUGAAACGUACCUACGUUUCAUCAGCAAAAAUGCACGAAAAUGCUUAUUCGAAAACGAAGAGCGUUUGGAAAUGUAUACUGAGUAUACACAACGCAACUGUGGUAUCGAAUGUAGUGCUGCCGUAAUAUUGGAAAAUUGUGGCUGUCUGCCACAUUACGUACCAAAGUUUUUUGGCAAUGAAACCACAUGUAGCAUGAGUAUGUACAAUUGUGUUGAAAGUACUCGAUUAGAAACAAUGCUAAUAGACAACACGAGAAGGGAUUGCUCCGAUGUCUGCAUGCCAUCUUGCAACGAUCUCUCCUAUAUGCCAACAUUUUUCUCUGCGCCCUUAAUUCAUUCGGGCUUUCAAAAUGACAAAUUCGCAAAAAAUAUUAGCAAUACUUAUUUGGAGAAAAAUAUUGCUGUGGUGAAUAUUUACUUUAAAGACACUAUCUACAGGAGCCAGAAAAACUCCGAUUUGAUUGGGAUAACAGAUUUUUUAUCCAACAUCGGCGGCAUAAUUAGCCUCUUCUUUGGCUUCAGCUUUAUCUCCUUAGCUGAGCUGAUAUUUUUCGCGUUUUUAAGACCGCUUCGAGUUAUUUUUAAUAAACUGAGAUGGAGAAUUACCAAGUCGACAAAAUUACAGAAGCCGACGUCAAUCCAACUCUUAUUAAAAAAAAAAUCGAAAUAUUUAUGUGGUAAUUUGGAGCAAAUUCCUUCUGUUACUCAAAGCACCAUUCGAAAGGGCAACGCUUGGCAGGUGGUGUUGGGAAAAAAACGUCUGUUGGGGUGCGGACCAAAAACUUCAGAGCCAUGGCAACCAGGAAUGGAGUAUAUACCGUAGAUGUUGAAUUUAUUAUUUAGAACAUAUAUAUAUAUAUAUAUAUACAUAUAAAUUACGUGUCACACUUUUCCCGGGCAAACUGCUAAACUAGUGAACCGAUUUUAGUAAAAUUUAACACACUGUGUCCAGUUUGUCCCAACUUAAAAUAUAGGAUAGUUUAUAUCUCAAUCAGUUUAAAAGUCAAAACAUUUCAAAACUAAAAAAUUAUAAUUGUAAAUAUAAACAUGUGUUCAAACAAACAAAAAAGAAUAUGUCUUGGUUUUGAACUUUGAUAAAAAAAUU